AGAGGAGCGGAGGCAGAGCUAAGCCGAGCCGGGCCGCGGAGAGGAGUGGCGCCGGCGGAGCGGCGAGCGGAGGGGGGGGGUCGGGGUCCGCCCGGCCGCUGAGAGGCGAUGGCGGAUAUAGACAAGCUCAACAUCGACAGCAUCAUCCAACGGCUGCUGGAGGUGCGAGGAUCAAAACCAGGCAAAAAUGUCCAGCUGCAAGAGAAUGAAAUUAGAGGGCUGUGCUUGAAAUCCAGGGAAAUCUUUCUGAGCCAGCCUAUUCUACUAGAACUUGAAGCUCCACUGAAGAUCUGUGGUGACAUCCACGGGCAGUACUAUGACUUGCUUCGACUCUUUGAAUAUGGAGGUUUUCCACCAGAAAGCAACUACCUGUUCCUUGGUGAUUAUGUUGACAGAGGAAAACAAUCUUUAGAAACAAUUUGUCUUCUAUUGGCCUACAAAAUUAAAUACCCAGAGAAUUUUUUCCUCCUCAGAGGGAACCACGAAUGUGCCAGCAUCAAUAGGAUUUAUGGAUUUUAUGAUGAAUGUAAGAGAAGAUACAAUAUUAAGCUGUGGAAAACCUUCACAGACUGCUUUAACUGUUUACCAAUUGCAGCUAUUGUGGAUGAGAAAAUUUUCUGCUGUCAUGGGGGCUUGUCACCAGACCUUCAGUCCAUGGAACAGAUCAGACGGAUUAUGCGCCCCACUGAUGUCCCAGAUCAGGGGCUGCUCUGUGACCUCCUGUGGUCUGACCCUGACAAAGAUGUCUUGGGCUGGGGGGAGAAUGACAGAGGAGUCUCCUUCACCUUUGGUGCUGAAGUGGUUGCAAAGUUUCUCCAUAAACAUGAUUUGGAUCUCAUAUGUAGAGCUCAUCAGGUUGUUGAAGAUGGAUAUGAGUUUUUUGCAAAGAGGCAAUUGGUAACUCUCUUCUCUGCCCCAAAUUACUGUGGAGAAUUUGAUAAUGCAGGUGCCAUGAUGAGUGUGGAUGAAACUCUAAUGUGCUCGUUUCAGAUUUUGAAACCUGCAGAGAAGAAGAAGCCCAACUCCAGCAGACCUGUAACACCUCCCAGGGGCAUGAUCACAAAACAGGCCAAGAAAUAGUCUCUUGGGCACUGCUUUGCUGGGACUUGUAUGAUAGUCUAUAAGCUCCAUUUUUAACGUGUACUGUUCAGCUUGCUCAACAUAGGUAACGUGUUUGUGGUUUUCCUUUUGAUUUGAUGAAUGGCAUUUGCUGCUUGGAACAGCAAAUGAAAGACUCUUCCUCCCUCCCAGGAAAAAAAAACCCAAACAAAACGAGUUUUAACCUUCCCUUUUGUUGGUGUUCCCACUGUACACUCCACAGCAUCUUCCCCUGUGGUGGCUGAUGGACAAGCGGCUCCUGCUCUGUCCCACCGGUAGUGUAAACGCUUGUUUUCUCCCGUAGGAUCUGAAGAGGGCACUAGUGUGCCGUGAGAGUAGGAGUUGCUGCCUGUUGGAAAUGACAUGCUGUUGCUACAAACCACUGUGAACUUCAUUUUUUUUACGUUGUUUUGUUUUAAAGGGAUUGCUUUUAAUGUCUUGUCUCAUGGACACUUCAGUUUUAUCGCUGUCAGCGUUAGAAAUAACCUCUCAGCCUCGCCAGCGUCACUGGUAAUGAUGUAUAUUUCAUUGACACACGGCCCUCAACACUUGCAAUGACAAUUAAAGCCAUUCUUUUAAGUCUUUGAGUCUCUUUCCUGAAGCCAAAGUUUGCUUAGAAAACUGUUUGUACCCAGCCCAGCACCCUGAGCUGGAAGGGCCUCCCCUCCACGCCGUCCUCGGAGAGAAAAGCCAAGGCCUGCCUGGGAACAGCAACUCCAAAAUGCUGCUUGGUGUGCUCAGCAGAGCCCCAGGGCCAGGGCCCCACACGCUUCUGGAGCCACCCUGAAGGGGGUUUGUGUGUUUCAGCCUAAGGACUCUGUUAGGAGGAGCCAGCCAGGGCUGCUGAUCUCCAUCCCUGGUUUCUAUGAAUCUCUCACAGAAUCUUGUUUUUUAAGAACUGAUCUUUUUGGAACAGAUGACAGUGUACAAAACCCUGGAGUGAAAACUCACUUAUUAAAUGAAGAAGUUGUUAAAUCCUCUCAGUGUUGGUUUGUCACAACUCCUGCUGCCCCAGGACCUGACUUAGAGAAAUAAAUCGUUCUGGAAACCCA